UCUCGUUUAUUCGCGCGAUAUUUCUCUGGAAGUACCGCGAAUUCGACCAGUUUGCUGAACAUCAACCGGCAUCAACUUGCGCGGAGCCGGACUGGAUUAGCAGUGACGUAGGAUAUGUCGAAGCGGGGAAGCACAUCGGCCGUUGAAAAUCCAAACAAACGAAUCAGGUCUUCGCCAAAUGACGAAGAGGAGGGCUCGGAUGUUGUUGAGAGCGAUCAAGAGGAGGAUUCCACCCUGAGUAACCGGUUCCUGUGUGCCGGUGAAGUGGUUAGUGAUGCAGGACUCGUGGAGAGCAUCACUCUGAAGAACUUCAUGUGCCACUCACACCUGGGUCCUUUUGCUUUUGGGUCCAACGUGAACUUUGUUGUUGGAAACAAUGGAAGUGGGAAGAGUGCCAUCCUGACAGCUCUCAUCGUUGCCCUAGGGGGGAAUGCACAAGCCACAAACAGAGGUUCCUCUCUGAAGGGCUUUGUGAAAGAAGGAGAAAGUUCUGCGGAUGUAUCCAUCACACUGCGAAACAAAGGAAAGGAUGCUUACAAGCCCGAUGUUUAUGGCCCAUCUGUUGUUGUAGACCUGAGAAUAACUCGAGAGGGUUUGAGGACCUACAAACUGAGAAAUAAAUCAGGUCAGGUCAUCUCAACUAAGAAGGAAGAGCUUCUCUCCAUCCUGGACAGUUUUAACAUCCAGGUUAACAACCCAGUAUCCAUUCUCACGCAAGAGAUGAGCAAACACUUCCUGCACUCUAAAGGAGAAGGAGACAAAUACAAGUUUUUUAUGAAGGCCACCCAACUGCAGCAGAUGAAAGACGACUUCAUUCACAUUAAAACCACUAAACACAUCACAGAGGACAGAUUUGCCCAGAACCGUGACUGCUUGAAGGACUUGAAGCGUAAGUACCUGGAAAAAGAGGAUCGUUACAAAAGCUUGGCGUCAAUCAGUGAGAUGCAGACUCAGCUGGAGGAAUUACAGAAACAAAUGGCGUGGGCUCUGGUGUCGGAGAUGGAGAAGGAGUUGGAGCCGAUGAAGGACAAGCUGCAGUGUGACAGACGAGCGACAGAGAAAUUUGAUGAGAAGGUGGAUGAAUGGAAGAAUAAGGUGGAGCAAGCAGAGCAGAAGCUCAAACACAUCCAGGAUCAGCUGGAGGAGAUCACCCAGCAAGUCGGGGAUCUUCAGCCUAAAUGUGCUGAACUUAAGGCAGAGGCCCAAAAACGCAACAAACUCCUCAAGAGCUGCGAGCUUGGCGUCCAUCGGUGUAGAACUAAUCUUAGAGAUCUGGAAAAGGACAAAGUUCAGCUGUCCUCACGUUUAAAAGAUCUCAGUCUGAGCAUCAGUCAGACGGUGGAUGCAGAAGGCCAGCUGAGGACUGAGCGUGUGGCGCAGAUUCAGACCGAGCUGGAUAACCUGGAACAUCAGAGCUCCACUCUGAGCCAGCAGAUUGACCAGUAUCAACAUUCCUGCAGCCGCAUGAAAGAAGAACAGGGGAAGAUGAGGAAGGAAUUUGAUGUUCUCCGGAGAUCCAUUGAAGCAAACAAAAGGACACUAGAUACGAUGAUGGCCAGCCGCUCUAAUCGACUUCGGCGUUUUGGAGACCAGAUGCCGGAACUGCUCGGUGGCAUCGAGGAAGCCCACAGAAAAGGCCUGUUCAAGCACACCCCCCGAGGACCUCUGGGUUACCUCAUCAGUCUGAAGGACCCAGAGCUGGCCCUGGCUGUUGAAGUGUGUCUUAAAAGCCUUCUGAGAGCUUUCACAUGCGACAACUAUGAAGAUGAGAAGGUGCUCAAAAGCAUCAUGGCUAAAGUUCUCCGAGGCCCCAGGCCGACAAUCAUUACCAGCCAGUUCCUCCCACGUGUUCAUGAUACAAGGAGGAGGGCCGUGAAUCAUCCCGAUUACCCGUCUGUUCUUCAAGCGCUGGACAUCGAGGACCCAGUUGUUGCCAACUGCCUCAUCGAUCACAGGGGCAUCGAGUGCAUUUUGCUCAUUAAGAAUCGCACAGAGGCCCGGCGUGUAAUGCAGGGUGGGACUCCUCCGGCUCACUGUACCCAGGCCUUCUCUAAAGACGGAGAUCAGAUCUACCCCAACCGCAGCUACAGCGCCGAUCAGAGCCGAGCUAACUGUCUUUCGGGAGAUGUCGAGGAGGAGAUCGUGCACCUGCAGAGAGAGCUGGAGAACCAGAACGCUCAAGAAGCUCGCUUCAUGCAACGAAAGAAGAAACUGGAUGAAGACCUCAAACAGAAUGAAGGGCUGUUGAGAAGAGCAAGCAUGGAGCAAAAAAGCACUAAUGACAAGGUCACAAAGCUGCAGCUUGAGCUGACAGACUUAAAGAACGUGGAAGAGCCUCAGUCGGACGACGUCAGGCUUCUGGAGGAAGAUCUUCAGGAAAUUGUUGAGAAGAUUUCAUCCAAACGCUCCGAGUUUGAAGAAGCGAAAGCCCAGAUGGCCAUCCUCAAGGACGACUACGAGAAGGCAGAGCAGGAAUGCCGGCAGCACAAAGACCGCAUCAGCACCAUAGUAGAGGAGGCCGACUCGGUUAAAGAUGAACUCAGUAAAGCAGAUCAGGAGGUGAUGAAGUGUAAACAUCACAAGAAACACUACGAUGAGAAGCGAAAUGCACAUCUUGCCGGCAUAAAAAAUCUUGAAGCCCAGCUUAAAAGGAAGGAAGAGGAGGUAGAGGCGUCUGUCGCUAAGGCAACUCAGAUUAGUCCUGAUCGAUCUGAAGUCAGUCGCACCGCCAAGAGUUUGGACAGUGAGAUCAACCGUCUCAAAGUGAAGAUCUCUACCCAGCAGGAGCAGCAGGAGGACCGCGAGGAGGUCGUUAGGCAAUUCCACGAGGCUCUGGAGAGCUACAGGAACAUGUCACAGCAGAUGAAGAACCUCAAUAGCUUCAUUAAGUGCCUGGACAGCGUCAUGAUCCACAGACUUCAGAUUUACGCCGACCUCAGACAGUUCCUCUCAGCUCGCUGCAAAUACUACUUUAAUAGCAUGCUGGCUCAGAGAGGCUACAGUGGAAGUAUGACCUUUGACCACAAGAAUGAGACCCUCUCAAUCUCUGUGCAGCCCGGCCAAGGGAGCAAAGCUGACCUGAGUGACAUGCGCUCACUGUCUGGAGGCGAGCGGUCCUUCUCCACAGUUUGCUUCGUCCUCUCUCUUUGGGCCAUCACCGAAGCGCCUUUCCGCUGUCUGGAUGAGUUUGAUGUCUACAUGGACAUGGUGAACAGGAGGAUCUCUAUGGACAUGAUGCUGAAGGUAGCUGCCAGCCAGCGCUACAGACAGUUCAUUUUCCUCACGCCGCAGAACAUGAGCUCUCUCCCUACGAGCAGCAUCAUCCGCAUCCUCCGACUCAAAGAUCCUGACCGGGGGCAGGCUGACUCCCAGAGUUAAAUUCAUAUUCAGUUUAAUUGUUCAAUAAAAAUGUUCAGAAUGAUAUAUAAUCAUCGAGUGGCCCCUUGUUGAGAUUUUAUUUUUUCUGUUUAAUGUUGGAAUGUUCAACAUUUUUUGUUCAAGACACGUUUUGUCUUUCGGUUUUUGCAUUUAGUUCAUUAAAGACGUUUUACAGCUAAGAAAUGAAA